UGGUCCCUGAACGAGUGGUGGGAGAUCGACAUGCAAAUCAGGACAUCCCAGAAAUAGAACUCCGCCUUCACUUUCCCAUUCCACGUACUCUAUCCAUCGACUCUUGCCAUUCACAUCGAUAUAUUUUCUACGUACGGUCUAUCGCGGUCCAUUCAUCCUGCAACUCCCCCCCUCCUGUACAUACAUACUCAGAACACCGAAGCUGUACAACAAAGUUCCACCAAUCACGAUGGCUUCCCUCCUCAAUCAGCUUCGUGGCUUGACCACAGUCGACUGUGACACUCUCGACGCCCAUGUCGCGCGCAUAUACGGUCCUUUUGCGGAUUGUACAUCGAAUCAGGCCAUUGUUCUUGCUGAAAUAACCAAACUUGACGCCAAUGGAAAGCUCAUCUACCAAACACUGAUCGACGAGAUCAUUCCCAUCGCCCACUGGAUGUUUGGGAACCAGACCGAUGCUACGGUAGAAGAGCUUGCCUCCGAGCUGCUGGCCGUUGGCCUCGCCCUGCGCUUCAUUCCCCAUCUGAACGGCUUCAUUCACAUCCAGACCAACCCAAAGUGGUGUUAUUCCACCGAAAAGACUGUCAAGAACGCCGAGAGAAUCGUCGCCCACCUCAAACACCUCGCCCCCGACUUCGAUACCUCGCGCAUAUGCAUCAAGAUCCCCGCCACCUGGGAAGGCCUCCAAGCCUGCCGCGAGCUUGAGCGUCGGCACUCCAUCGCCACUCUAGCGACCAUCGUCUUUAGCAUGGAGCAAGUCGCCCUCGCCGUCGACGCCGGCUGCCGCUACGUUGCGCCCUACGUCAACGAGCUGCGCGUGCACUUCGACGCCACCUACACGGACGCAAACAAGGACCGGGCCGCCCUCUUUUGCGGCGCGGCGCAGCGCUACUGCGACGAAGUUGCUUCCUCUGCUUCUGCCGCGGAAGCCGCGCAUGGGUCCUUGAAUCUGCAGAUGCAGACGCAGGUCAUGGCUGCUUCCUUAACGAGCGUGGAGGAGGUGAUGAGGCUGGCCGGGGCGGUGAAGCACAUCACGGUGAGCCCGCCGCUGUUGAUGGAGCUGGAGGCAACGCCUGCGGCGGGAUGGCCGGGUGCGAGCACGGUCGGGGCUGCGGCAGCGAUUACGGGCUCGAGGGUGAAUGGUGAUGCGGUCAGGUUGAGGGAACUGGUCAGGGACCAGAGUCAGUGGCGGCUGGCGUUCACGAGGGCCGAGGCCGGCGAGAGUGAGAGGAAGUUGGGGCAGGCUAUUGGGAUUUUUUGCGACAUGCAGGAUCAGCUUGAGAGGUUGGUGAGGAGGUGGGAUUUGACGGGGAAGAAGUAUGCGAGAGGCUAAGUGGGUGGGCGUGUGUUUCAUCGUUGUACGUGACAUUGGCCUUGCUUUUUCUGCCUUCCAUUUCGAAGUUUGGACCCGGCGUGUCUGGCGUUGGGUUGGCAAGUCAGGAACCGAGCAGCGUGGAGCGUUGCUCUCUCUGGAGUGUAGACAUGCUGGACAUGACUUGAUUUGGAACAUCCAGGUUGAUAUGUUAACCGGCGAAACAGUCUUGUAGGCACCGACUGGAAUCCUCGCCUUUCUUUCUCAUCUAGAAAAAAGUCAUUCGCUAAUGUAGAGACGACCAUCACCCAUGCUUCUUUUUCUCUUCUCUCAAACUUGACGCCACAGAUUACUUUGACGGGACCUGAAAGUUCGACACCAAUGCUGUCUUCCAUUUGAUUGUAGCUCAAUGGGACGGGAUUUGCGGUCAAAGGAUAACGUCCAUUGAUUAUUGGAAGCGAAGCUGCAACCUGGAGGGAUAUCUGUUGGUUGAUGAUGAUGAUGAUGAUGAGAAGAGCGAAUUCCGAGCAGAUGUCUGCCUGAUGCUCUGGAGCAUCGAUCUAUACUAACAAACCACAAGAACUGGAAAUGUUUAUCAGCGAAC